AUGUCGCAAACGACGAAGCGCAUCAGUACGAGCAACAUGUCUCAAACAAUUCGAAGAGGCCAGAUCUCCUUGAAUCCAUCGGCUUCAAACGAUUACAUAAAGACAAGCACUCCGAGGCAGAAUGAUGCCGCGGUAGUCUUGAAUCCUUUGGCUUCAAAGCGAAAACAAUAA